CAGAAUUUUGUUUCUAUAAUAAAAACCUGUACGAAAUUAGUCACACCUAAAAGGGAGAACAGUAAUAUUUUAAGAGUCUCUGUAAACGAGGUGAGCCCUUUUAUAAUACUAGACAAUUCAUCAAAAAAAGUUUCUGGUUUUGUUGGUGAUAUUUGGAAUGUUAUAGUAGAAUUUAAUAAAUAUAAUUAUACUUUAACGUCUGUUUCUUAUUACGAAGGAAUUAGACAAGCGGAAACUGGUGAAUCAGAUAUAUUUGUUGCACCUGUAGUUGCAAAUAGACAUAUUAGACGAAACAUUCGAAUUUCUCAACCAUACAUUAUCAACUGGUAUGAUCUUUAUAUGAAAUCACCUGAAACAGAAAUAAGUUCCAUGUGCUAUAUAACACCAUUUUCCAAUCGACUAUGGAUGGUUACUUCGAGUUCUUUUAUUUUAUUGACAGCUGUCACAUGGGUAACAGGCAGAAUAUUGAAAAGAAUUAACUCCGCUGAACCCAAUAUAUCAAUACCGUCUUGCUUUAUAGGAGUCAUUUCUGGAUUAAUGAAUCAAGGU